UACAUGAAAAUUUGAUGUUGUUACCUUCGCCGAGGCAAUUAGUGUGACUGUGAUGGAACCGUGCAUCCAAAUUGAAUGAAACAGCACUAGAAAGGAAUUUCCGUCCAUCUACAACAACUCUUCACGAACACACUCUUCCCCUAAUUCACCGUUCCCAAACCCCUCCAAGUUAUGGGAGUCCCAGCUUUUUACCGGUGGCUCGCCGACCGUUACCCACUCUCGAUCGCCGAUGUAGUCGAAGAGGAACCAACCGUCACCGACGACGGCGUUCCUUUGCCUAUUGACGCGUCCACGCCAAAUCCCAACGGAAUGGAGUUCGACAACUUGUACUUGGACAUGAACGGCAUCAUUCAUCCUUGUUUUCACCCUGAUGGCAAACCAGCGCCAGCUACUUAUGAUGAAGUGUUUAAAUUGAUAUUUGAUUACGUUGACCAUCUCUUUUUGUUGGUUCGUCCGAGGAAGCUUCUCUUCCUUGCAACUGAUGGUGUUGCACCACGAGCAAAAAUGAAUCAGCAACGUUCUCGGCGCUUCCGAGCUGCAAAAGAUGCAGCCGAGUCUGAAGCGGAAGAGGAAAGGCUGAGGAAAGAAUCCAUCAGUGAGGGAACACUUUUGUCUUCCAAAGAUAAGCCCGAGACUUCAGACUCAAAUGUCAUUACCCCUGGUACUAAAUUUAUGGCAGCUCUGUCAGUGGCUCUUCAGUCUUAUGUACAGACUAGAUUGAACCUCAACCCUGCCUGGAAAAAUAUAAAGGUUAUACUUUCUGAUUCAAAUGUUCCUGGUGAGGGAGAACAUAAAAUAAUGGAAUACAUCCGGUUACAACGUAAUGUUCCUGGUUUCAAUCCGAAUACUCGCCAUUGUUUGUAUGGUUUGGAUGCUGAUUUGAUUAUGCUCUCCUUAGCUACUCAUGAGGUUCACUUCUCAAUAUUGAGGGAGGUAAUUACUUUACCUGGACAACAGGACAAGUGUUUUGUGUGUGGCCAAGUUGGCCAUUAUGCAGCUGAUUGUCACGGUAAGCCAGAAACUAAAACUGAGGACGGGAGUCCUGCUGAUGAUAAACCAAUUCACAAGAAGAAAUAUCAGUUUCUUAAUAUCUGGGUGCUUCGUGAAUAUUUGCAAUAUGAAUUGGAGAUUCCCAACCCUCCUUUUGAGAUUGACUUUGAACGAGUAGUGGAUGAUUUUGUAUUUCUAUGCUUCUUUGUCGGCAACGACUUUCUUCCUCAUAUGCCAACAUUAGAGAUCAGGGAGGGAGCUAUAAAUUUACUGAUGCAUCUAUAUAGAAAGGAGUUUACUGCCAUGGGUGGCUAUCUUACUUAUGCGGGCGAGGUUUUCUUAGAUAGAGUGGAAUACUUUAUCCAAUCUGUCGCUGUUCAUGAAGAUCAAAUCUUUCAGAAACGAGUUCGAAUUCAGCAGAUGGCAGAAAAUAAUGAAGAGAUGAGAGCUAGGGCAAGAGGAGUAAUGCUUCAAGAGCCACGACCCUCACUUUCCGAUAAGGUCAAGUUAGGGCAGCCUGGAUACAAAGAAAGGUAUUAUGUUGAAAAGUUUGGUGUAUCAAGUCUGGAGGAGAUUGAUAAAAUUAAGAAAGAUGUAGUUUUGAAAUAUGUGGAAGGCCUUUGUUGGGUUUGCCAGUAUUAUUAUAAUGGUGUAUGCUCAUGGAAAUGGUACUACCCGUAUCAUUAUGCUCCUUUUGCUUCCGAUCUUAAAGAUCUCCCUAAUCUAGAAAUAAUUUUUUCGCCGGGAGAGCCAUUCAAACCAUUUGAUCAGCUUAUGGGAGUCCUACCUGCUUCAAGUUCAAAUGCACUGCCUGAAAAAUAUAGGGAUUUGAUGACCAAUCCUUCAUCACCAAUUUUCCACUUCUACCCUGCUGAUUUCGAGAUUGAUAUGAGUGGGAAAAAAUUUGCAUGGCAGGGUGUUGCCAAAUUGCCAUUUAUUGACGAGAAGAAAUUACUUGCCGCCACAAGGAAGCUUGAAGACACGUUAACGAUGCAGGAGGACGAACAACUUCGGAAUAGUGUGAUGCUUGAUUUGCUUUAUGUCAACCGUGCACAUGAUUUGGCUUCACAUAUUUUAUUGUAUUACCAAGUUUAUGGCCAAUUACCUACUCAUGAAAGAUGUGUUUCACCGAUUAAAGCAAAUGCUAGUGGUGGGAUGAACGGAUAUCUUUGGGCAUGUGAGAGGAAUGUUUUGACCUCUAUUGUAUUGUCUCCCAUUGAUGGAUUGCCAGAUAUUGAGAGUAAUCAAGUCUUAAAUAUUACAUAUCUUAAUCCUUCUAAGCAUGGACACAUCCCAAAACCUCCGGAUGGUGUAGUGAUACCCAAAAAGUUAGUAAAAGACACUGAUAUCAAACCUUUUCCUAUGCUAUGGCAUGAAGACAAUGCUGGUCGGGGACAGCAAGGCAGGGAAAGGCCACAGUUACCUGGAGCAAUUACUGGAUUUCAAUUAGGAGAAGCAGCUCAUCGUCUUGUCAAGAACACCCUUAACAUUAAAUGGAAUAAUACAUCUCAUGUACGGACAGAGCAACCUCCAGUUCGCCAUACAGUGAACAGGUUCCAAUCAACUGGACCAUCUGGAUAUGGAACAUAUUAUGGCGAGAACACAAACAGUUAUAAUGAAGAAUAUAAUCACCAUGGUGUAAUGACUAGGCAUAGAUAUCCAGUCUCAUCUAAUGGUGGGCACAUAGACAGGCAAAAUUUUAGAAUACAAGAUAGGUCACGGUAUCAAGAACAACUCCAAAAUGUGAACAAUGGAUUUUCUUCUCUAACAAUGGAGGAAGGGUCGAGACCUAGACCAUCGAGGCCGUCAAUUUCUCGACCAGCAACCAAUUUUGAACCCCGAUAUGUGCAGAACGCAGGUCCUCCAACACCACCUCCAAAGUGGAAUGCUAAAGCACCUAUAAAUGGAAUAUAUACUAGGCAUCAAGAAGCUACAUAUGGGGCAGUACCCCGGGAUAAACCGGUGAAGAAGGUUUACCAAGUUAAAACACGGUUGCCCCAAGAACCUCCAGACAGUGGGAAUCAAUAGGUUUGUUGUGGGUUUUACUUGUAUAGUGUUUGACGUGCCUUCUUUUCUCUCUGCUCAUUCCUCAAAUUAGAGCUAUGCUUUCUCUCAACCUGUUCCUUGAAUUUUAGCUAUGCUCUCUUUAUGGCCAUCUUAGUUCCAUAUUCGAUGGAAGGGGCACAUAAUGAUAAUGUGAAGUCAUUCAUUUGACAGAACAAUGAUGUUUAUAGUUUUAUAUGAUAAUUAUUAGAUGCAGUGAAGGUGCUACUCUGUUUUGCCUCGAUUUGACAUGGUUCCUCAUCCGACAGUGGUCCAGGCUUUGAUUAGAUGCAAAAGCUACAAGAUUUGCAAUUUUCUUGGAUUAGCAUGGAACUGGUGUAGGCUGGUGGAGAGUAUCAAAUCGUGGGCUAGGAAUCAGUGUAGUUGUUGUUUGGUUCCACAAUAUGAAACUAGGAUGUAAUAUUCUGUGUCUCACUGGGCUGUGUAGCUUUUCUUUACAAGUUAACUUGUACAUUGAUGUGAAUAGAAUUUGAUAUGCCUGGUGGGUAUUGUUAGAUAUUUAUCUGGGAUUGUCAUACCCAGCGUCUGUAUUAUGCAUUGAAUGUAAGAAAGAGAAAAAAGGCUGACAAAAACCGUGUUUGACACAUUUGUUAUUUCCCUUGUAUUGAGGGAAUUCAGGCUUGUUUGGUUUAA